CCUGCUGCUGUCAGUCCAACACUCUCCUUUGCCUGAAGCAACUGUCAUCCCAAAAGAUCCUGAUGGCAGAGCCAGCUGGGAGCAGGGGGCUGAAAGAAGAAUGCUAGCAUGUCUGUCCCCCUGCUAGCCCCUUAAAUAUCUUCCACACAGUUCUCUGGGUUUAAUUUUAGACUCCACAUGAGGCAGGAGGUUUGUUGCUGAAGUCGAAGCUCCCCACUUGCUCUGUCCUGAGUCAUAGAUCGGACAGAAGUUUCUCCUCUUUUUGAUAUUAGUGGCAGACAGAAGCUACACAACGCAAAUAUGUCAGACAGUAGAGACCUUGAGGAUCUCAAUGAAGAGGACAUCGAUGAGGAUGAAAUCCUCGCUAUGCUUUCACCCGAGGAGCUUCAGGAGCUCCAGAGUGAGAUGGAUGUUAUUAUCGCCCCAGAUAAUAAUGUACCGGUGGGACAGAGACAGAAAGACCAAACGGAGAAGCCUCCGACUGGGAUGUUCGACCACAGAUCGCUGGUUGACUACCUCUACUGGGAGAAAGAGUCCAAACGAAUGCUUGAGGAGGAGAGAGUCCCUGCCACUCUGCUGCCAAGUGAGAAAACUUUAAGGGAGGAAGCUGAGAACAAAGAGAAAGAACAGAACAUAGAGGAUGGGGAAUAUGAAGUGUAUGAAGUGAUAGAAGAAGUCAUUGAGGAAGAAGCUGCCGAUGAUGCAGAAGGAGAGGAGAUUAUAGAGGAGAUCAUUGAGGAAAUAGUCGAAGAGGUCGAGGAGAGCGAUGAACAGGCCGAUGAAAAGGCUGAUGAGGUUGAAGAGAAGGAAGAAAAAGAGGUGAAGUCACCUGAGACCAGAAAAGAAAACGACAGCACAGACAAACAUGCUGAUCCUCUGGAUAAUAACACAGAGAAAGUACCAGAAGCCAAAAAGGAAGAGGAGCCUUUUUCAGUCACAAAGAUCAAGAGUGAAAGCGUGGCCCCAGAAGAGAGUGAAUCACAGGUUGCGGAGGAAAAGGUGAUUACAACUACAGACUCUUUGCCUCCCAAAGAGGAACACAAGCCAGAGACAAAUGAAACCUAUGACUUCAUCCCCAAAAAAGAAGAAAGAAAGAUUAACAAAUUAAACAUCCCAAAACUUGCCUUCAAUAAUAUCAAGAUGUCUUCAAGACCCUCAGGAAACGAAACAAACCUUGAGUCGACACUUGACAAAAUCCGCAACAACAACCCCUCCAUCACUGAAGUCAACCUCAACAACAUCGAAAACAUUCCCAAAGAGAUGCUCUUAGACUAUGUCAAUGCCUUAAAGAAGAACAAGCAGGUAAAAACAUUCAGUGUAGCCAACACUGGUGUGGAUGAAAACAUUGCUUUUAACCUGGCAAACAUGCUGCGAGAGAAUCGUGGCAUCACGACCCUGAAUAUUGAGUCAAACUUCAUAACAGGGAAGGGAAUUGUCGCCAUCAUCCGCUGCCUCCAGUUCAAUGAGACUCUCACAGAGCUGCGGUUCCACAACCAGAGGCACAUGCUGGGUCACCACGCAGAGAUGGAGAUCUCACGCUUACUCAAGGCGAACAACACCCUCCUGAAAAUGGGCUACCACUUUGAGCAGGCAGGGCCCAGGAUGGUGGUGACCAAUCUUCUGACGAGAAAUCUUGAUCGGCAGAGGCAGCUGAGGAAGGAGGAGUCGAAGCAGCAGCAGGCAAAGGAGCAGAAAGAGAUGAUGCAGAUGUAUGAGAACAGUUUGAACCUGCCUCCAGGUUUACUGGAGAUGCUCGGGUACCUACCAGCUCUGGAACUCCUGCAGCAGCACGGGCUCAUCCCACCCACGGCAGAACAGAGCAUCGCACCUCAGCAGACUCACAACCAGCCUCGACAGCCAGAGCCUCAGAAGAAGAUCAAGCACAAAAGCGUACCCGAACAACACAGUGCCGAACCAUCAAACCCAUUAAAGGACGUCCAGCUGAAAAGGACUCCAAAGAAGCGUGACCCUUUUCUAGACCUGGACCCAAGGGAUAACUCAAGACCUGAGAGGGCAAGUUUCCAAUUGAGGAAGACUCCCAAAGUGAAGAAUGACGGUAGUGAUGGAAUGACAGGUGAAAAAGCAAACCUAAACGCCGUGAUUAAGACUUUGAAGCCCGUCCCUCGCAGACGAGAGCCAGCGAAGGUUGACCUCACACCACGUGACGCGCUGCUAACUGAGAUUAAGAAGAGCAGCGUGGCUUACCUCAAAUCUGUGCCGCUCCCUAAAGAACUGGAAUCAAGUGAAACAAGUCUUCUCUGAGGCUCUGACGUCAGCUGUUUGAUUUCAUCACCAUACUGGAUGUUUGUGUCACGCGUAUUAAGUCAUGCUAAUAUGUUUUUAGAGAACUUUGCAGAAAAAGAGUGGGUUAAACUUUAAUUACACAUUAAAGAAAUGAGCUGGU